UUGUUCACGGACUAGAUGUAUACGGUAUCUUGUAUUUAUAUUGUUUUGAUAAGGCCAAUUGGCUGUUCCCUCCUGCCUCAGUGGGCCCUUUGUGUUCUUGUGACUUCACGUUUCCCUUCUCCUUCCCCGGCAGGCGCAGUCUCUUUGGCAGGAGCCGGGAGUGGGCUUUGGUCCGUCGAAGGGGGAAACAAGCUCGUGUGUGUCGGCCUCCUCUAUGCUUCCAAAGCCCAGCCGAUUCCCAGCACCGUGAUCUCUGUGGAGGAAACAACGCGGCCCAGAGGACGCUCAGGAGAAACCAUGAAGCUGUACCAAGUCACCUACAACUCCACCUUCGGAGUAACCUCCGACCUGUACGAUAUUAUUGUGAUGGCCACCCCUUUGCAUCGUAAAAUCGCCAACAUCACCUUCCGCAACUUCAAGCCGCCCAUCCCCGAAUUCUCCAAGCCCUACCAAGAGAUCGUCGCCACUUUUGUCCACGGGAACAUCAACACUUCCUUCUUCGGCUACCCGGACCCUUCCACGUUCCAACUGAGUGCCAUUUUCACGAUGGAAAACCCCAAGUUGUUUGUCAACAGCAUUGGCGUCGUCUCUCCCGUGGAAGACAAGGCCAAAGCAGCAGAAGGCUCCCCGGUCUGGAAAGUGUUUUCGGCCCGGCCUUUGACCAAGGCGCAGCUGGACGUGCUCUUCUCCUCCUACGACUCGGUGGAGUCGAAGCCAUGGCUGGCCUACCCCCACUACAGCCCCCCCGAGCAGUGCCCGCCCCUCGUGAUCCACGACCACGUGUACUACGUCAACAGCAUCGAGUGCCUUGCGAGCGCCAUGGAAAUGAGUGCCAUCUCGGCCAAGAAUGCCGCCCUCCUGGCUCACCACCGCUGGUACGACCGGACGGACAAGAUCGACCAGGAGGAUCUGCACGAGAAACUCAAAACCGAGCUCUGACCGUGAGUGGGCACUUGCUUUGGUGGUAAAGAAAGAAAACGCCCCAAACCACCUGCUUAUUUUGAGCCAAUUUCCCUUCUGUGACACGUUUGUUUUCGUGAUGCGGUAUGUGGUAAAAAGACUACUUCUUUAAA